AUGCUGUCGGCUUUCAUUCAAACGCUCCUAUGGGCUCAGUGCCUUGCUCGAGAUCUCGAUUUUAACUACUCCAUUGCAACAGAAAAAUUAACUCUCCCAGCACUAGUCGAAGGGAGGACAGCCCUGCCAACUGUACCCAGAACUGUUUCACAGAUGUUGCGGCAUCCCCGACGCAUCGCCAUUAGCUCUACCGACUGUGUAGUUCCAAGUGGACCUCAUCCUUGUCUGCUGAAGCCUGCUUUGAAGAAUGUUCCAACUCAAAUGGUACUUAAUGAGGGCUUACACGGAGGGGAGUACCGAGUUAAGAUGGAGGCAAAGGAAGGAAGCAUCGUCUAUUUACCUUGCAACACUCUUCACGAACUUCGAAAUGAGACGGUCAUCUGGGACCACAACAUGUCAACGAUUGCCGUACUGGGUACUCUUUUUACCAUGGACUCUCGAUUUGACGUUGCCAGCAACAGAUUCUACAGAUGCUCAUAUCCCCGAGCCCCCACUUCUUCCAACCCGCCCUCCUCCAGAGACUACUUCAGUCACCUCGCCGCUGAUCAGGGUGAUGUUUUCGAGGCUUGGGAACUUGUUGUCGAGGGUCUGCAAAUGAGUGACAGUGGUGCCUACCACUGCCGACUGACAGGAGAACAACCCCAGAGUCUUCUCUACCAACUCUCUGUAAAAAUUAGGAUAGAUGCCCCACGCUACGCUCGCCGACAGAGUUCAGCCAACUUUACUUGCUCAAUGCAGAUAACCCACGACGAGUCGUCUCAAGUCAUCAUUGACUGGUAUCGCUCGCCCUCGGGUCAUCGGGGCACAGGUGCGCUACGAAUGAUCGAGAGUCAGGAGUGGAAUAAUGUGAGUGUUUACAAGGAAAUUCUUGGCUACUCAGAGGAGGGUCUGCAAAUGAAUGCAGUAAUGCAAAUCCAUUCAUGCGACUACCAACACACUGGACUCUACGAGUGCCAGGCGCAUCGAAUUAGACAGAACGAACGGUCAAGAGUUUAUGACUCUCUCACAGUUGACUUGACAGCUUUAUCUAGGGUCGUACUCUCGGACUCACCGACGGAGAAACAGCAGGGACAGAGGCGGAGCGAGCAGAAGUGGAUCCAAACUCCCUACGCCAAAAAUUGGACCCUCUUUAUAGAGACGUUGAGUACAACCUCGGCGGUCGAUUCUCCUCGCGGAUCGUCAAAGAAUGUCCAAUCCGCAGGACGUGCCCUUCAUCCUUCGCGUUAA